AUGCACUCGGACCACGACGAAGGUUCAAUCAUCAAGAGAAAACAAGAUAAGACCGACACUCCAUCGGACACGGUUACGGUUAGAAUCGAAAAUCCUGAAUCUAGCGCAGAUAAAAAGACAGAUAGCGCAGACCCUAAACCACGUAUUGUGCUCACAUUCCGCUCCGAAAAAACAGGCGCAAAGAGCAGUAACAUGAAGAUCGUGUCAACAGAAGAAAAACAUGAGGAGAUCUCACCUAGACGUUCAAAUCGAAAUAAGAGCAUAAAAUGGGAGUCCGAUGAGGAUAAUGAUACCCAGGUAUCUUCCAAAACUGAUAUAAAUGUUAGUCAAUCCAUGUCGGAAAAUGAUGAAGCAUCAGACAGUUCACAUGCGACACUAAAACGGUCUACAGGCCGUAGGAGCAAAGAGUUUUCUGAAAAUGUACUAGCUAAUGCUAUAGCAAGAAAGGAAAAGUCGUAUGAGACUAUUCCAGGCCCAACACAACGAUUAUCAAGAAGGAUUAAGCCUACAGCAAAAAUAUUGGCUAAUGAAGAACUGAGAAUGGGAUUGGAAUCUCAAAAUAAUGCUCGUCUUGGAAUACAAACUGAAAAGUCUUUAGAAGAAGGUGUUAGGACUAGAAGGUCUGCACAUACAAAGAACUACGAAGCAGGCAAUGACAACACUAUGGUUGAUAAGAAAGCAGUAAAACGUCACAGGCCCAUGCAGGAAGAGGUGAAACCAGAAGCAGCAGAAAGUUCUGCUUCUGAUAUGAAAGUCAAACAUCUAUGUAAACUUGGCCUCAAAGCAAUCAGUAAUGUUUCCAAUGAUGAACAAUCUCAGGAAAAUGAUAACAGAAGUAUAGGGGAUGAUGAAGAUCAAGAAGCAGUUGAAGAAGAUGAGGAAAUUGAUGAUGAUACAGAAGUUAUUAAUAAAUUACUUGAAGCUGAUGAGGACAGCAGUGAUGAGGAUUUCUACUGCACAGUCAGUGGAAAUGCGGGUGAACGUCCAAGACGUUCUACAAGACUAUGUUCAUCUUACGGAAUUCAUGAAAGUGAUCAGUCCUCAAUGUCCAUGGGGGACGAUGAGUCUAAGGCUGCUCCGCGUAGGUCGACAAGACUCAGGUUUAGUGGCAGUGAUUUUUAUGAUCGGGAAGCUGCGGAGCCCGAAGAAGGUGAUGAGGCAUCAUUUCCCACUGAACAAUUUCCUAUCAUUGCUACUUGCAAUUGUGAGAUGGCCAGCAAUAUGUAUGCUGCUGCUGAAGAUUUAACUGAACCGGUGUUCUGCCAGGCGAUCGAGACGGUGGACGGGGUGCGCGUGGGGUGUUCGCACGCUGCCGCUCGCGUCGGGGGCGAGUUGCAGCCCCUGCGCAGGGCUGGCCCCCGCACCCCCUACAUCCUCGCCUGCCGCCUCCACGCGGCCCAGCUGCAGCGACACAUGUGCUGCCCCGCGUGCGGCCUCUUCUGCGCCCAGGGUAUAUUCUACCAAUGCUCGGUGGGGCAUUUGUUCCACCUGGAGUGCGGUAUACCCGGCGCCGUGGAACGCUCCGGCGAUGUGAAGCAGAGUCCGGGAUGUCCACACUGCGGUGUACACUCCACGCAGUGGCAGCCGGUGAACAGGGAUUGUGGCCGGGUCAAAAUAGAAAUGCACUGCAGCGGUGAACGGGUGUUCCUGCCCGAGCAACGGGAGCAAUCGACUCCAGCCUACCUAAGCUUUUCUGCGAUAAAGCCGUCCUUACUAGAACAAGGUCCGCUGAUUCCUGAAGACUUAUUACCUUCUCCACCGGUCGAUCUGACGAAGCUAUGUGAGGCCUCAAUUGUGGAAGUUGGAGAAAUGUCAUUGUCAAAGUUAGAAUGGCUUCACGAAGCCAUCAUUGCUGGGGAGACACCAGAGCAAUUAAUACCCAAAAUUGUUGCCGCAAAGGGUGAAGGUCUCGACACGGCAAUGGGGCUGGCAGCAAGCCAUGGGCGCGUUGCUGCUCUCUAUCUGCUUCACUACUCCGGUGCCAAGCUUGACUCUCUGGACUCAGAGCAGCGCACUCCUCUUCUCCGAGCCCUCGUCGCGUUAUUAGACAAGCCGAGAAAGACCGAAGCUCCCACAAAGGGAACCGCAGAGACGAAGACUGAGGAAAUGGACGCGGACGAUAAAGAGGAAGCAGAUGCUGAGCACGACAAAGAAGCUGAACAGGACGAGGAGGAAACGGAAGUUAUGAAAAAACCUAGCGACGAGGAUUAUAUGAAAGUGAUUAGAUACUUGAUCGCCGCCGGGUGUGAUGUCAAUCUUCCAGGGGUGGAGGGGAUGACGCCGCUGCACGUGGCGGCGCAGCUGGGCGGGCGCGAGGCGUGCCAGCUGCUGCUGGACGAGGGGCGCGCCGCGGUGGACGCGCGCGACAUGGGCGGCUGGACGCCGCUCGUGUGGGCGGCCGAGAACUCGCACUCGGACGUCGUCAGGCUGCUGCUGGAGCGCGGCGCGGACGCGGCGGCGACCGACGAGGAGGGCAACGGCGUGGUGCACUGGUGCGCCCUGCACGGCGACGCGCGCUCGCUGCGGCUGCUGCUCGACGCGGCGCCGCACGCGCACCACGCGCCCAACGCGCACGCAGACACGCCCCUACACGUCGCGGCGCGGCAAGGACACUAUGCCUGUGUGGUUAUUUUGCUCGCCCGAGGUGCCAGGACGGACAUGGAGAACUCUGAGGGCGAGCUGCCCGUCGAGGUGUGCACUGGCCAGUGCCAGACGGCGAUCUCGAUCAACAUGCAGAUGGCGCUCGCCGUCUCCGAGAGGCCGUCUCGCUGCCGUCUGCUGUCGAACGACCUCUCCAACGGGCGCGAGACGUUCCCGGUGACGUGCGUGAACGAGACGGACGACUCGCCGGCGCCCGACGACUUCACGUACGUGACGAGCCACGUGACGCCCAGCCCCGUGCCAGUCGACACGUCGCUCGCCACCAUGCAGGGUUGCUCCUGCAGCGGCGAUUGCGCGUGCGGAGAGUGCGCUUGCGGCGCGCUGUCCGUGCGCACGUGGUACCGAGACGGGCGGCUGCCUCGCAACUUCCCCUACCACGACCCGCCGAUGCUCUUCGAGUGCAACCAGACAUGCGCCUGCAACUCGCGGCGGUGCGGCAACCGCGCGGUGUCGCGCGUGCAGCGCGGCGGGUCGCUGGGCGUGCGCGUGCAGGUGUUCCUGAGCGCGCGGCGCGGCUGGGCGCUGCGCACGCUGCAGCCGCUGCGCGCCGGCGCGCCCGCCGCGCUCUACUGCGGCGAGCUGCUGAGCCACGCGGCGGCCGACGCGCGCUCGCACGACCACUACAUGUUCGCGCUCGACCUCAAGCCCGAUCUGCUGGAGGAGUGCGCCAUAAAGCAGCAGCUGUGCGUGGACGCGGCCGCGUACGGCAGCGCGGCGCGCUUCGUGAACCACAGCUGCCGCCCCAACCUGGCGCCCGUGCGCGUGUUCACGGACACGAGGGACCUGCGGCUGCCGGUGGUGGCGCUCUUCGCCACCAGGGACAUCGCGCCCGGGGAGGAGCUCACGUUUGAUUACGGAGACAAAUUCUGGUCCGUAAAGUCCAAGUGGAUGAAGUGCGAGUGCGGAACACCAGAAUGCAGAUACCCCACCAAGUCCAUUGAUGAA